CAACAUAAAAGGACUUCCACCACGCAACGCAACGCCCCCGAUCGCUUCGCUCUCUCACUCACGGAAGCCAAACACUUUGCCUCCGGCCGGCCACCAGCUUACCUCCGGGUUGCCCAGUUCCAGUUCCAGUUUCAGCAGGCCAAGAGCAAGAAACCCGGCAACAAUGCCUCACCACCACGGCGCGCUCCCCGACGAGGAGGCCCCGUCGCCACGGCCCUCCGCGGCCGGCUGCUACACCUUCCUCCGCUCGGCCGCCUCCCGCCGCGGCCACGGCCACGGAUACCGGCGCCUCGAGUCGGCGUCCGUCGGCGUCGACGUCGUGAGGGUGGAGGUCGGCACGACGGGGAAGGCGAGGAGCGUGUUCCACGUGGACCCGGCGGUGCUGGAGGCCGAGCCGGUGCGCAGGUUGGUGGCCGCGGCGGGAAGGCGCACCGCGGGCGGCGCGGUGGCGGUGACCGUGGACGCGCUGCUGUUCGAGCACCUGCUCUGGCUGGCCGCCACCGACGGCGCGGCCGCCGACGACCUGUCGGAGAUCGUCGAGUUCUACUCGGAGGAGGAGGACGACGAGGAGCACCACGACGACGGCCACGGGUUCAAGCUCAAGCGCUAGUUAAGCCUCUUCAAGCUAUAAAUUCGAUUCAUCUAAUGAUGAUUCUCAUCGUAUUACGCACGUACGUGUACACCAUAGCAUGUACUACUACUCCGUGCAGUAAUCCGAUCAUCCUCUAGUACGUACACUAAUUAAGCUGCAUGAUCCACGCAUGUGUCCGUGGAUCGAUUCAACUGGAUGCAGGUUCAUAGCGCGAAAGAGCGUGGAACCUGGUUGAUUACUUUAUGUACGCUUAUUAUUGGGUUAAUAAAUAAUGUGAUGAUGGAAGAAA